AUGAGAGAACUGCUAACGUUGGUGUCACUGCUGGUGGGCGGCGUGGUGGCAGAAGCACCCUACGCGCCGAGUGGGUGGAGGCCGGACGGGCCCGCUUUCGUGAUACCCGAGAGAAACCAAUUUGUAAGUCCCCAACAGCAGUAUUUGCCACCUGUGGACCCUAGAAGGCCACUAACACCCAACAAUUUCGACGAGGGUGACGUUUCGGUUCAAGGCCUGCCUAGCAUCGAACCUCAACCGAUAUUCGAAGUGUCACCCAUUAACGGACAGCAGUUUACUGGACCCGGUAUUAAUGCUGAUGUUGACAGACUGAAUCCCAGUUUCCAGCAAGCACAGUACCAACAACAGCUAGAAAGAGCACGCCAAUUUGCCAGGCAGCGAGAGUUUGAAAACAACCUCGCUAGGGUCCCAUCCAACGGACUACCAAACCAACAGUCACCAAGACAAUUCGCUUCACCAACAACUUCUACUACUACUCCAAAACCUGAAUUUAAAACAGUAGAAGCUGAGACAACCACAGAAUCCAUAAAUCUAAAUAAAGGAGAAACUUUAGAUGAACCUAAUACAAGAGAUCAAAAGGACAAAGUUGCCGUUGAAGUAACAAAGCAAAACCUGCAAGAGUAUCCGCCGGAACUGUUCCUGAGUCCCUUAGCUCAAUUGAAACUGCAGCCACAAUUUGUACCUUUCGGUCCGCAAUUUGGUCAACUAAGAGCACCUCUGUUUUACCAACCUGCCCAGUUACAAGAUGGAAGGUCACCGGGUUUUGAUGGCCCAGCGCAUCUAUCUGCCUUGCCAUCAGUACUGGCUCAGCGUGAAUUAUUAUCUCAACAAGCACAAGGUAAAGGUCAAGGUUUUGCCCAAAAUCCUAUAAUAGUUCAACAACAACCAUCGUUUAUACAGGAACCGAUUAAUCAAUAUCAACCCGUACGUCCUGUACAACGGGUACAACCUGUCCAACCAGUUGACCCUGUUCAAAAUGAGGAAUCUGAUCAGGAUGAUGAACCAGAUGUAGAGUCUAUCCAAUCGGGACAACCUACAAAAAAACAAGGUCAACCUUUGCCACAAUUUCAAGGGCAGCAGGUCAUUUUACAGCAGCAGCCAAUAAAUCAGAUUCAACUAGAUCAAUUCCGACAAUCGCAAUUACAGUUCCAACCUCAACCGCAGGUACAAUACCAACCUCAACAAAUUCAACCGCAAUUAGCUCAACCAAAUCAAUUUACACAGCCACAGCUACAAUUCCAACCUCAACCGCAGCUAUUCCAGCCGCAGCAGGCGCAAGCAAAUCAAUUCCCCCAACCUCAGUUACAACUCCAACCGCAACCAGCUCAACCAAAUCAAUUUCCCCAACCACAAUUGCAGUUCCAACCCCAACCUUCACAGCCAAAUCCAUUCCCGCAGCCACAAUUGCAGUUCCAACCCCAACCUGCACAGCCAAAUCAAUUCCCGCAACCACAAUUGCAGUUCCAACCCCAACCUGCACAACCAAAUCAAUUUUUGCAACCAGAAAGACCAAAGGACGUAGAAGAAAUUGAACCAACCGACCAACAAGUCGUAUACCAGAACUAUCAACCUCAGUUCUACCAACCCCAAAUUCAAGCAAAUCAAUAUCAGACCCCGGAGCAACCUUUGCUCGUAGCUCAACCUCAACAGCCAUUCGCUUUUCAAAAUCAAGACCAGUUUUACCAAAACCAGUUUCUCCAGCAACAGUAUGAUCCUAGUCUACAAGCUCAAACAGCUCAACCAGCUCCACAAGAUGGUCAACCUUUACAAAGUGGUUUCGAUAUAAACCAACAAGGAAAUGACAUCGAUCAACAAGAGGAACAAGAGAACGAGCAAGAAGAAGAAGGUCCUAGGGUAACAGCAGUUGCCACAGCAUUCGGUACAAGGACCCAACCACGUGUUUUUGCGCAGUACGGCGCUCCUAUACCGAAAGUGCAGGAAAAUCCAGGACUUCGCACUACCACAGAAUCAGCAAUGCAGGAAGAACCUCAAGAUGAAGACGCUCCAGCAGUAGCACAAGCAACCGCUGUAUCCACCGGCCGAAGAAACGCUAAGCUAAGGAGCCGCCGGAUUCGACCGAUUUUCACUUUGGACCGAUCUGGACAUUUAGUAUUAGCGCAACAGCAAUAG